CUUUGGUGAUUGAGUGGUAGUGACGCAGCCGGUAAGGUUAGAGUGACGGACUCAGCUUUAGGACUUCACCCAGAAAGUGUUUACAAGACUUCAUACAUGGGAUGGACAAUACAGAAAAUAUAUCAAACGACUGAAAUAAUGUCGUUGACAUUGGGAUUAUGAGCGGCAUACGGUCUAGUCUGUCGUCGAUUCUUUUUAAAAGAGUAGGGCUACGUUCCGCUCUGUUGACACCGCGCAAAGAGUCCUCAACAUGUCUUUCCGAUCCACGUGAAAUAUCUCAAGAUGAACCACAGGAAAAUGGAAUAGACCACAAGUUGAAGUCCCCCAGACGAAAGGUCUGUCAGCCGGUGCUUGACCACUUUGAUGCACAGUACACGGCAGAGCUGGGCAGCUUAUGGACAUCUGUCAGGUCAGUUCUCCUGAACCCAGGCUGCUGGCAGUAUGGUGUGAUGAUGAACCGCUUUGCAGAUGUGCAGGAGCUGAGGACGCGCCUGCUGGAGCUGGGUUACUGCAGCCUCCUCCCCCAGAGGCACACCACCCCGCCCUACGUCCCGCCUUCACACAGCCCUCACGGGGGGUCUCUGGAGUGUUACGUGCAGCGGGGCCCAGUGCGUCUCCCGGCCCCGAGGCACGAGCCCGGCUACCUGAAGCGCUACUUCCUGCUCAACGCGGCCUCACUCCUCCCGGUGCUGGCUCUGGGGGUGGCGGAGAAUGAGCGCGUGCUGGACAUGUGCUCGGCCCCUGGGGGUAAAGCCGUCGCAAUCCUUCAAACCACUUGCCCAGGCUUCCUGCACUGUAAUGAAGUAGACAGGCACCGCUGCGAUUGGCUGUCUAAGACACUGGAGUCCUAUGUCCCCGCUGAUGUCAUGAAGACGCUUCGAGUGACAAAUCAGGACGGUAGAGACUUUGGACAAACACAUCAAGCAGCGUAUGACAAGGUGCUGGUUGAUGCCCCCUGCUCUAAUGACCGUAGUUGGCUCUUCAGCCCCAGUGAACUCCGGGGACACCAGUGGCUGAAGGAGAGACAGAAGCUGCCUGCUCUGCAAACACAGUUGCUACGGUCGGCGCUGGCUGCGGUGCGUCCCGGUGGGGCGGUGGUCUACUCCACGUGCACCCUCUCUCAGGCCGAGAACCACCAGGUGGUGGAGGGGGUCCUGGCAACCUGCCCAUGGGUGGAGUCUGAGGACCUUCAGGAAGAGCUGCUGCUGGCCAAUGCGCUUUCAGAACACUUUGUCUUUGCCCCGCCCCCACCCGCACCCUUGUGGCCCCCAGGACUGCUGGUUGUCCCUGAGCGCAUCGGACACACGUGGGGACCUAUGUACCUGUGCCGUCUCAGAAGGACACGAUGAUGAACACACACACACACACACACACACACACGCACACGUGGGGACCCAUGUACCUGUGCCGUCUCAGAAGGACACGAUGAUGAACGCACACGCACACACACACACGCACACGUGGGGACCUAUGUACCUGUGCCGUCUCAGAAGGACACGAUGAUGAACACACACGCACGCACGCACGCACGCACACACACACACACACACACACACGUGGGGACCUAUCUACCUGUGCCGUCUUAGGAGGACCAGAUGAACACACACACACACACGCACACACGCACACACACACACAUACACGCACACAAAGACGUCAUUUACCUUUCCUCAUGGGAAUAAGGAUGGGUGCUACAGAGGAACAAAUUACAAUAAUGAUGAUGACAUGAUUAGAAAGGAAAAAGAAUCUGGUGCCGCAUGGAUAUCUAUUUUCUGUAGUUUAUUUUAACGGUACAAUCAGAACGUUUUGACAUGCGUCUUCAUCAGAAAAUUACAGAAAAUAGACAUCCGUGUGGCACCAGAUUCAUUUUCCGUUCUAUUUAUGGUUUAUUCCUGCUCUGGUUUUAGCUGAUUGUUACAUUAGAGGUGUGGAGUACGCAUUUCCUUUGUUUUAUAAUGAUGGCAUGAGGUUUGUCCUCUUCUAGCAGCAGGUCUGCUUUUUAAUGUAAGAAGCAAAUUAUGUCAGGAUUUGGCCAUAAUUUGACCAAUUUGAAAUCAUAGGACAUCACAAAUGUAUUAUUUUUUUGUGAUACAAUUUCUAUUUAGACUAUGGAAAUGUAUAUGAAUUUAAACUGGGUUUUCAUGAAGAGCUCAUCAUGUUAAUGUGUUAGUGACACAGAGAGUCUCCUUCAACGUUUAUGCACGCAUCUGGUGUGCGUGUGGCGCGUGUGCGUGUGUGUGUGUUGCAGUUGUGCCUUCUCAAAUUAACUUAUUUUCUCUAUGGACUUUAUAUUUGAAUAUGUAGAUUGUAACAGGCUUGUACAGCAAAUUAGUCGGCGACAGAAGUUUCAUAAAUGACUACCUUUGUUGCCUGUGAUGCAAAUAAACUGUGAAACCGUG